AUGCAGGGAACCAGGCUGCCUAUUUGCUGCCCCUGCUCAUUCUGCUCCUGUGAACCGGCCGAGGCUGAGAAGGAAAAGGUCCGCCGGGGCCACUCUACCGUGCACAGUGAGACCAAGUACGUGGAGCUGAUCGUGGUCAACGACCACCAGCUGUUCGAGCAGAUGCGCCAGUCGGUGGUCCUCACCAGCAACUUUGCCAAGUCCGUUGUGAACCUGGCAGAUGUGAUGUACAAGGAGCAGCUCAAUACCCGCAUCGUGCUGGUUGCCAUGGAAACGUGGGCAGAUGGGGACAAGAUCCAGGUGCAGGAUGACCUCCUGGAGACCCUGGCCCGGCUCAUGGUCUAUCGGCGGGAGGGCCUCCCUGAGCCCAGUGAUGCCACCCAUCUCUUCUCGGGCAGGACUUUCCAGAGCACCAGUAGCGGGGCUGCCUACGUGGGGGGCAUCUGCUCCCUGUCCAGGGGUGGAGGUGUGAACGAGUAUGACAACAUGGGCGCCAUGGCAGUGACCCUGGCCCAGACGCUGGGGCAGAACCUGGGCAUGAUGUGGAAUAAACACCGGAGCUCCGCAGGGGACUGCAAAUGUCCAGACAACUGGCUGGGCUGCAUCAUGGAAGACACUGGGUUCUACCUGCCCCGCAAGUUCUCGCGCUGCAGUAUCGACGAGUACAACCAGUUUCUGCAGGAGGGAGGCGGGAGCUGUCUCUUCAACAAGCCCCUCAAGCUCCUGGACCCGCCUGAGUGUGGGAACGGCUUCGUGGAGGCAGGGGAGGAGUGCGACUGUGGCUCGGUGCAGGAGUGCAGCCGUGCGGGCGGGAACUGCUGCAAGAAAUGCACCCUGACUCACGACGCCAUGUGCAGCGACGGACUCUGCUGUCGCCGCUGCAAGUACGAGCCGCGGGGUGUGUCCUGUCGAGAGGCCGUGAACGAGUGCGACAUCGCGGAGACCUGCACCGGGGACUCGAGCCAGUGUCCCCCUAACCUGCACAAGCUGGAUGGUUACUACUGCGAUCAGGAACAGGGCCGCUGCUACGGAGGUCGCUGCAAAACCCGGGACCGGCAGUGCCAAGCCCUCUGGGGCCAUGCGGCUGCUGAUCGCUUCUGCUAUGAGAAGCUGAACGUGGAAGGGACAGAGCGCGGGAACUGUGGGCGCAAGGGGUCAGGCUGGGUCCAGUGCAAUAAACAGGAUGUGCUCUGUGGCUUCCUCCUCUGCGUCAACAUCUCUGGAGCUCCUCGGCUGGGGGACCUAGGGGGAGACAUCAACAGUGUUACCUUCUACCACCAGGGCAAGGAGCUGGACUGCAGGGGUGGCCACGUACAACUGGCUGAUGGCUCCGACCUGAGUUACGUGGAGGAUGGCACAGCCUGCGGGCCCAACAUGCUGUGUCUGGAUCAUCGGUGCCUACCAGCCUCUACCUUCAACUUCAGCACCUGCCCUGGCAGCGGGGCGCGCCGGAUCUGCUCCCACCAUGGGGUCUGCAGCAACGAAGGCAAGUGCAUCUGUCAGCCAGACUGGACAGGCAAAGACUGCAGCAUUCACAACCCCCUGCCCACGUCUGCCCCCACGGGGGAGACGGAGAGAUACAAGGGUCCCAGCGGCACCAACAUCAUCAUCGGCUCCAUCGCGGGGGCUGUCCUGGUCGCAGCCAUCGUCCUGGGAGGCACGGGCUGGGGAUUUAAAAACAUCCGCCGGGGAAGGUACGACCCGACCCAGCAGGGGGCAGUGUGAUGCCGGCCACGUCAUCCCUCCCGCUGUCCCCGUCUCCUCCAUCUCAUUCGUCACCUCACAUUCUGUU